GGCUAGAGUGAGUGCUAGACCGUACCUAGGGGGCUGAUCUGUGACAAAAUAAUAGAGCAGGGUGGUGGCUGAAAAGCCAAAACUCCCUUCCAUUUUAAGCGCAUGCCUGAGCCAGAGUAGCCGAGCAGAGGAGGACAAUCAGUCGACUCAAUCUCUCUUCCUCCCCCACCGCCGCCGCCCGUCGUUCUGCCACCUCCAACCGCAGCAGCGCAGGUAGGCAGCAGGAUGAGCCAAGAGGACUCGACCAGCGCCGCUGCCGCGCAGCAGCCGACGAGCCGGCCGGCACCCAAGCUCAACGAGAGGAUCCUGUCGUCGCUGUCGAGGAGGGCGGUGGCCGCGCAUCCGUGGCACGAUCUUGAGAUCGGCCCUGGGGCUCCUGCCGUGUUUAAUGUUGUUGUUGAGAUCACAAAGGGAAGCAAAGUAAAAUAUGAGCUUGAUAAGAAAACUGGACUGAUUAAGGUUGAUAGAGUUCUGUACUCAUCAGUUGUAUAUCCUCACAACUAUGGUUUCAUUCCAAGGACGCUUUGUGAAGACAACGACCCAAUGGAUGUGUUGGUCCUAAUGCAGGAGCCUGUUAUUCCUGGUUCUUUCCUCCGAGCUAGAGCAAUUGGCCUUAUGCCCAUGAUUGAUCAGGGUGAAAAGGAUGACAAGAUAAUAGCAGUCUGCGCGGAUGAUCCUGAAUACCGUCACUACAACGACAUCAGUGAGCUGUCUCCCCACCGCCUCCAAGAGAUCAAGCGCUUCUUUGAAGACUACAAGAAGAAUGAGAACAAGGAGGUCGCUGUCGAUGCGUUCUUACCUGCGACCACUGCCCGCGAGGCCAUUCAGUAUUCGAUGGACCUGUAUGCGCAGUAUAUUCUGCAGAGCUUAAGGCAGUAGCAUGUUGGUGGUUGUAUCGCGGAAAUCUUGUAUUAAUAAUAAGUGGGGAAUAGCCGAGACUAUGUGUGUUAUAAAUAAAUGCGCAACAAUGUGUACUCACACUAUUUAUGAAGAUUAAGUGAUGCUUUAUGAUUGGGAAUGUUUUAGCAAA